UCCAGUUUAAGGUCAGAGGACACACAGCAGCAAGACAAGAUGACAACACUGCGGCCGUUCACCUGCGAUGAUUUGUUUAAAUUCAACAACAUAAACUUGGAUCCUCUGACAGAAACUUAUGGGAUCCCGUUUUACCUCCAGUAUCUGGCUCACUGGCCGGAGUACUUCAUCGUUGCUGAGGCUCCUGGUGGUGAACUGAUGGGCUACAGUGAGUCCUUCUGCUUUGACAGAUUUCACAGAAGGACACAGCAAGGUCUGAACAAAGACGCUCGAGCAGACAGCGAAUCUACCAUCGAGAGGAUACUCAGCAACAUGGCAACAAACCUUGAGAUUACAAAGGGAAGCCUACUUGGCAGUUGCUACAUGGUAGAGAAAAUCCUUGGAGAGGGCAGUUUUGGUGUUGUAGCCAAGUGCUGCAACACAGACAACAACAAGACUGUAGCCAUCAAGGUGAACAAGAACGAGGAAGGCGUUCUUGAAAUGGCAAUUGAUGAAAUUGCCAUCCUGAAGCAGCUGCGGCGUCUUGACCCAGACUCAUGCAACAUAGUCCAGUGGGAUGGCUUCUUUAUCGACAAGGAGCGGAUAUGCAUCACCUUUGAACUCCUGGAUUUGAGCCUUCACCAUUACCUGCAUGAGCAUAGAGGUGGGCGUCUUACCGUUGGCGAAAUGAGGCCUGUAUUGUACCAAAUGGCCUCGGCACUUUCUCACCUACAGUCCGUUAACAUCAUACAUGCGGAUGUAAAGCCGGUCAACAUCAUGGUUGUGAACCGCCAUCAGAGCCCACUGCAAGUGAAACUUAUCGACUUUGGUGUGGCACGUAUUGGAUCAACAGUAGAACAAGGUGACUGGAUGGGGACCCUCUCAUACAGUGCACCAGAAAUGCUACUGGGCGUGCCAUACAAUGAGUGCGUCGAUAUGUGGGCUCUAGGACUUGUAAUGGCGGAGCUGGCAGUGGGGUGCCCACUCUACCCUGGCGAUACGGAUUAUGAUGUCUUCAAAUCCAUCGUACAAACCCAAGGCCAGCCAGCUGAUGAUGUCCUGGACUGUGGAUGCUAUACUGACACUUUGUUCAAUCCCCAGGAGCAUGGCAGAUCACGUUGGACAUUUAAGACCCCAGAUGAAUAUAAGCAGGGAUUCUGUGCAUCAGACACCAGGAGGAUCAAACUUAAUUCUCUUGAUGACAUUGAAAAGCAUAUGGUGCAAGACAAGGAACACCAAGGGGAUCAAAAGAUGUUUGUCAGCUUAAUCAAGAGUAUGCUGACCCUUGAUCCAAGUCGGAGGAUCACAGCUCAGGAGGUUCUGAAGCAUCCGUUCUUCAACAACCAAAGUCCUGCUCCGAGCCAGUCUGCGACGUCACUACAACAACCUGAAGACGUCAGCUACCAAUGUCCGGCUCCCUGUCAGUCUGCCACAUCGUGGGAAGAAAGCGUAGACUCCAACGACCGAUGUCCGGCUCCCUGUCUAUCUGCCACAUCGUGGGAAGAGCACGCAGACGUGAAUGACCAAAGUCCGGCUUCAUGGCAUUCUUCUACGUCAUGGGAAGAAUGCCAUGACUUCAAUGACCAAAGUCCGGCUCCCUGGCAUUCUACAAAAUCAUGGGAAGAAAGCGGAGACUUCAACGACCAAAGUCCGGCUCCCUGUCAGUCUGCCACAUCAUGGGAAGAACAUGCAGACUGCAACUCCCGAAGUCCAACUCCAUGCCUCUCUGCUACGUCAUGGGAAGAACGUGUAGACUCCAACCACCGAUGUCCGGCUCCCUGUCUAUCUGCCACAUCGUGGGAAGAGCAAGCACACGUGAAUGACAAAAGUCCGGCUUCAUGGCAUUCUUCUACAUCAUGGGAAGAAUGCCAUGAUUUCAACGACCAAAGUCCGGCUCCCUGUCAGUUAGCUACAUCAUGGGAAGAACACAAAGACUUUAAGGACCAAAGUCCAGAUCCACCAUCUCUGUCUGCCAUGUCAUGGGAGGACCAUGGAAAUAUUAACCUCCAACCUGAGGAAUUCUGCAUUGACAUGAUGCAAGUAGAAGAUGACCUUCCGACGGCCUUCAUUCAACCUGACGACUUCAUCAUUGACAUGUCGCAUCUGGAGGACGAGGAAAUCAUGUCAUUUUCAAUGUCUUGUAGGAAGGGGGGAUUCUUUGUGGAUCUGUUCGUACGAGUAUCCAACCAGGUGGCGGUGAACAUGUACAAACGUCUGGGCUACAGCGUCUACAGGACGGUGAUAGAAUAUUACUCAGCUAGCAAUGGAGAACCUGACGAGGACGCUUACGAUAUGAGGAAAGCUCUGUCCAGAGACACAGAAAAGAAGUCCAUCAUCCCACUGCCACAUCCUGUCAGACCAGAAGACAUCGAAUAACAGUAGACCGUGGCUCUCUGACUCCCUUUAUCCUGAUAAUCAGCUGUAAUGUUGUGAUUUCAGCUCCUGCUCAGUGACGUUGUACAUAGUAAAAGUGUCACACAGGCUGCUUCCCCCAUUCUCAGUGCUCAUUAGUCAGAGAGCCACUGAUUGUACAAAACAUCCUGGAUGAAUUGAAAAGUUUUAAUUUCUUGUAAAUUCUAAAUGAACAUUUGCUUAAGAAAAAAAACCACAAGUGAGGCUCAGUUGAUGUAUGUAUAAUGGCACAAAGAAAGCAUACAAUAAAGACUGCUCAUGA